AUGGAAUGUAUCCUGGAUAAAAAUGGUUAUUUAAAAUUUGCAUUUACAGCAUGUGUACCAAAAAAAGGUGAACGAUAUAAAAUUGGUGAAACAUGGGAGGAUAAAAAGCAUAUGUAUUGGUUUGAAUGUAAAGAAGAUGGACCAUAUUUGAGGGUUGAAAUUGGUGGUUGCAUAACUCAUGAUAAAAAACGUCGUAUUGCAAUCAAUGAAGUAUAUGAUUUUGGCGAAUACAC